AUGGAAGAGGUUUGUUCUGUUUUUAACAAGAAUUUUGGGCUGGGAAGAAAAAAGAGAAAUUCCACUUACAUCAGCUUAAAAAUGGGGAAAUUUGUUAUUUCCUUUAACAAAAUGUCCAAAGGCAGGACAGGCUCUAUUUGCAGUACACCAGGGCUCUGUCUCCAUCUUUCUGUGCUUCUCUUUGCUCUGUCCUCAUUACUAUCAGCAUCAUCCUCAGGCCGGCCACAAAGUGACUGCAGUUUCCAGGUGUCAUUUUCAGAUGCAACCGUGUCCAGAGAAACAGACUUCUUUUCUCCAAAAAAUGGCGAACGCCUUUCUCUCAGGUCCUUGUAG